AGACAGAGUCUGAUUGUGUGCGGUGACUUCAUUGCUGUGUAAGCAGGCACACCUGCUGGUCUGCUUGGACCGUUCCCUUUUUUGAAAAGCGGAGAUGAUAAAAGUUCCCAUUUCAAUGGAUUGUCGAGUAAAUGACACAGCAGUUGCUCCAUUACGAUGGGUGGGUAACUUAUAAUCCAUCCACCGGGCAAGAAGGCUUUGUUAAGCAUCUGCUUUGCCAGGCCCCUUGUCAGCACCGCGUGCAAGGCCAAAAAGGCUCCUACCUUACCCACUUCCCUCACGCUCCCACCCCUCUUCUUGGUUUCUUGUUUUCUUCGGAGGGCUUCACUCCUGCGACUUCUGCACCGCUCGCUCGUUCCAGGCACUUUCUAGGCACUGAUCUCCAGUUUGUCCUGCCGGCAGUAACUGGAACCGGGCUUCCCACCGAGUUCGCUCCAGGCCUCAACCCCCGCUGGCUCGCCGCGAGGAGCCUCUUUGGCCCGGGAAAGGCCCGUGUGCUCUUCCCGGUUAGGACCCGGAUACCGCCUUAGGCGGGAGUGGCUGCUCGAGUGUCUGUCGGCACCAUAGUUGCCUCUAAAAACACAAAUCAUCCAGAAGUCCCGAGAGAAAACGCCAGCCCCAUCCCCAAGUCAAACGACGGAAGAAACGUCAGAUCCCUCUGGUUCCCACCGCCCACUCCGUCGGCCAGAUCUCGGCCGGAAGUGGGGGGCCUGAGGCGGAAGGGGUGGGUCCGGAAGCCCCUUCCGGCGACUGCGCCACGUCCGAGGAGGCUGUAAUCGAGCGGUGACAGACCCCGGGGUGGAAGCUGGACGCGAUGGCGGACUGGGCUCGGGCUCAGAGUCCUGGUGCUGUGGAGGAGAUUCUAGACCGAGAAAACAAGCGGAUGGCUGACAGCUUGGCCUCCAAGGUCACCAGGCUCAAAUCGCUGGCUCUGGACAUUGAUAGGGAUGCGGAGGACCAGAACCGGUACCUGGAUGGCAUGGACUCAGAUUUCACAAGUAUGAUGGGCCUACUCACAGGGAGUGUGAAGCGGUUUUCCACAAUGGCACGAUCUGGGCGAGACAACCGGAAGCUGCUUUGUGGUAUGGCUGUGGGCCUGAUUGUGGCCUUCUUCAUCCUCUCCUACCUCCUGUCGAGGGCAAGGACGUGAGCCCGUGGGAGCUGGCUUCUGUGGGUGCCUGGGGCAACCAGGAUCUUCCUCUGUCUGGUGUUUUGGGCUCCAGAGAACUUGUUUACAAAAUACUCCUUUGAAAUGAU